AUGGCGACGCUCGAGCGCCUCGGCGUGCAAGGCAUCAGGUGCUUCGCGCCUGAUCACCUCGAGGUUAUUGCCUUCGAGAAGCCUCUCACAGUCAUCGUCGGUCACAACGGAGCUGGCAAAACGACGGUCGUGGAGUGCCUCAAGUACGCGACGACAGGCGAGCUGCCGCCGUGCGUCGACCGCGGGCGCGGGUGGCUCCACGACCCUCGCCUGCUCGACGCUGCGGAGGUCAAAGGCCAAGUCCGCCUGCGCAUCCACACCAAGGGCGGAAAAGAGUUGACAGUCGUCCGCUCCAUGCAAGUCUCUCAGACGAUCGACCGCAAGGGGCAGUGCAAAGCCACAUUCAAGCAACUUGAGCCGUAUCUUCAGCUGAAAGACUCGGCUACCGGCAAGAAGGCGUCGAUUGGCAACAAAUGCGCAGACAUCGACGUCCAGCUGCCCGGGCUUCUCGGAAUUCACCGCGCAGUGCUCGAACACGUCGUUUUUUGCCACCAGGAGGACAGUUGCUGGCCGCUCUCGGAGAUGCCUGUACUGAAGAAGAAAUUCGACCAGCUCUUUGGCGCCACGCGAUACGUCAAGGCGCUUGAACACAUACGCGCCACGAGGAAGCAGCACGCCGCUGAGGCGAAGGACCGCCAGCACGAUGUCCAGCUCGUCGGGGGGCACCGGCGCCAGGCGCGCCUUCUGCGACGGCAGUUGGAAGAAGCGAAGUCUCUCGAGCGAGAGGAGGAGGAGCAACUAAGGUCGACCGGGGCUUCGCUGGAGCGCCACGCAGCGCUUCUGCGCGCGCGGGAGGAAGCGCAGGCGCGCGAGGCAGCAGUCCGACGCCAGCUGGAGGUUUCCAUCAGGCUGGUUGCGCGUCUUGAGGAGGAGUUGGAAGAGCAGAAGGCCGCGCAGGAGAGCGAGCGGAGGGAGGAGAGGGAGCGCGAGCGCGAGCACCGACGCCUGGCUCGCGCGAGAGCCGCAGAGAGGAGACAGCGAGAGGAUGGCGAAGGUCCGUCGUCGUGUGACCACGCAGAGGCGGAAGACGAGGCCGAGCGAGCGUGGCGGAAAGAGGAGGAGGAAGAAGAAAAAUUCCGACUCGCUGUUGAACAGGAGGGCUACCAAGAGCUGGUUGACCUCGCGAAGGAUAUCGAGCAACAGUUUGCGGCGAAGCGCGACCGUCUGGCGGCGCUGGAGGGCGAUUUGCUCAGGCGCGAGAAUGAGAGCGCGGCGCUGACCGAGCGGCUGCAUGCGGAGCAGCACAAGGCGGCGGAGGGGAUUCGCGCGGAGGAACGCAAGGCGACGGCGCUGACAGAGAGGACGAAAAUCGUUCGCUCGCUUCUCAGGGGGUGCCGAGGCAAACUGGUGGGAGCUGAAGACGAUGCGUCUGAAGAGGGCGGGCCCCGAGACCAAGAGGGCGUUGCGUUGCGGUCGGAUGCCGCGAUUCACGAGGAAGUGGAGCGACACCUCGAGCGCCUACAUCGCGAGAAAGCCGCGGCGGCUCGCGAAGGCGAGCGGCGUGCGCAGGAGAUGAAGGAGGAGAGCGAUCGCCUCCAAGAGAAGUGCGCGGCGCUCCAGGCUCUCGUGGGGGCAGGCGACGAGCUGCUGACGCACCUGCGGAAGGAGACGCGGGCACUGACUGAGGCGAAGCAGCGAAAGAGACCCCGCGAAGACGUGGCGCGCGAGCUGCAGCGCAUCACCGCAGAGGAGGACGCGGAGCGCGGACGAGACCGCGAAGAAGGCGAGACGACGUCGGCGGCGGCCCGCAUCGCAGACCUCGAGGCGACGCUGAAGCGUGUCGACGAGCAACUGCAGGCGCUGCGCUGCCGACGGGGUGUCUUGGACCGGAGGCGGCGGCUUGCGGAGGAGCAGAGCGAGCGGCAGAUGAGUCUGCAGCUGGCGAAGCAGCGUCUCAAGGAAAUGGAGAAAGACGUUGCAGAGAGACAGGGGACCUUCAUCUCCGAUGUCGCGGCGUGGCGGACGAUCGCGGCCUCCAAAGCAGACGCAGGAGACGCACACAGCACCGAGAUGAGCUUUGAUGAGGCAGUUGCCUUUGUCUCCUCACAGGCCGAGCAGCGGAAAGGCGAGAAGGCGCGCGAGCACCAGAAGGCGGCCGCAGCGUCGUUGAACAGCUGCAGAGGCCAGGGGGAGCUCGGCGCGUCCUCCCUGCGGUCGCUGCUUCUCGCGUUCCGGCAAAACCUUCUCCGCGCCGCCUCAUUCUCUUCGGCUUCGCCUUCGUCGCUGUUCGCUUCCUCUCCGGGCGAGUCGAGCGACGCGGCAGGGCGCCUUCGCUCGACUGCGUGGCCCCCGCACCUCCUGCAGCUGCUGAAGGAUUCGGCGCUGAGGUCCCGCGACCUCGCGCGAGACCAGUGGAGGCAGGGCGCGCCCGCAAGCGCGUCGAGUGGCGGCGCUGCGCCUGCAUCCUCUCCGCCGCAGGGGGCGCAGCCGGGAGAGGCCGACGGGCCGCUGGACUCGGACGACUUGGUCUCCGCCGACGCGAGCCUCUUGCUGGCCGUCUACGAGGAGGGACGGCACGCGCGGGCCGCAGCCGACGUUGCCCGAGACAUCGAGCGCCUCAAGCGGGAGGCAGACGACCUCGCCUCGCUGUACGCCGGCGCGCAGGACGCCUGCGCCGCGGCGGACAGCUCGCGCGCCUUCGCGGCCCAGGGGUGGCUCCACGCGCUGGCGCAAGAGAGCGAACGCGGCAACGCGUGUGCUCUCUGCAAACGGGAGUUCCGCACGCCAGAGGAACUGCGGGCGACCCAAGAAGAAGUCGAACGCAGAGUCGAGGCUCUGCCUCAGCAGGUGCGUGACGCGGAGGCGCGUCAGAAGGAGAUUCGCAACCAGCUAGACAACCUGCAGGAGGAGCGUCUGCUCUUCGCUGCCCUCGCGAAACAGAACGAGGAGAUCUGUCAAAAACGCGCCUUGCUGAAGAUGCUGAGACAGAAUCUAGGCCACCUCGAAGACCAAGUCCGCAUAGCCGAGCAGCUCGCCGAGGAGGCUACGCGCAGCGACGAAAACCUGAAAAGGCUGCUCGAGACCGCCAACGCGCUGCACCAGCUGCAGACGGCUGGACUGCGAAAAGCGAGGCACGACGUCGACGCCGCGGAAGCGCAGCUGCGGGCGGCAGUCGCUGCGGUGGUGAAGGCCUCAUCGGCUGCGCCGGUCUCGGAGGGAUGCGGAGUCGACAGCAGUGGAGACGCGAGCCACUCUUUUCUUGACAUGGAGGAGAUCAACAAGGCCUUCGAGGCUUUGGAGGAUGAACAAAGCAAGGUCUACGCACUUCGCGACGAGACGCAAGCCACUUUAACGGCGGCAGUCGAGGCGCGCUUUGCCCGGCAUCAGCGGCUCGACAACCUGAAACGAAGGCGUGAAGACCUCCAGCGGGAAGUGCAGGAAGUGCGGCAGCUCGAAGGGCAAAUUGAAAAGAAUGCCACGGCCAUCUACGCCAAAGAGGGCGAGCUACCCGGCCAGAAGGCGGAACUCGCGCGUAUGCAACAGCGUGCGGCAGAGGCGAGUGCGAGCCUCCGGACGGAGGAGAAACGUGUCGAGGAUGCGCUUCGGAAAUUCGACGAACAAAUCAAGUCCAUCCAAAAAGAGCGGGAGCUUCUCUCAGAGACGUCGCGAGCGAUCGCUGAGGCGGACGUCGCGCUGACGCGUGCGCGAGAGAGUUCCGCAGUGACCGCGGAGCUCACGCAGCUCCGGGCGAAACGCGAAGAGUUGAAUGCGCAGCUAGGCCGGAUGAAGAAGGCGCGCGAAGAGCAGCGGACGGCCUGUGGACGGGGUCAGCGCUUCCUCGCGCUCGUGAAGAAUAGAGUCGCGCUCUUCCACAAGGAAGAAGACAUCGAGAGGGAGCGAAAGAGGAUAGCUGAACUCGGGGCUCAGCUGCGGGCGGAUCGAUGCAGAAGGCGCAGGGAGACCCCCGGGGGAGGCGUCGGGGAAGGGGACUCCGCCGCUGAUGGGCCAGGGGCGGAAGACGCAGCGGGAGCCGAACCUGAAGACGAAUCGGAAAACGAGCUGGAGAGAGAAAUUGAGGCGCUGAGACGCAAGACAGAACAGGAAAAAGACACGAGAGCUCGACUCGAGGGAAGCUUGAUGACCCGCAGAGAGCGCGUUAAAGAAAUCGAAACUGAACUCGCAGGCUCCGCAGUGUACAAGGACGUCGAAGAGAAAUACAGAAGUGCUCUCGUAGACGCCGAGACGGAGGCGAUGGUGACAAAGGACUUGGACCGCUACCACCGGGCACUUGACAAGGCGUUGAUGAAAUACCAUUCCAUGAAGAUGCAAGAAAUAAACGCCACUAUGAAGGAGCUGUGGCAGACCAUGUACACCGGGCACGACAUCGACUACAUAGCAAUUCGCUCCGACACCGAAGAGACUGCCUCGCCGGCGGCGCUAUCGAUCUUUGGGUCCUCUGCCGCCACGGCGCCCGCGGCUGGACAGAGGUCUUACAAUUACCGUCUCGUCAUGGUUAAAGGCAGUGUGGAGCUGGAGAUGCGAGGUCGGUGUUCAGCGGGGCAGAAAAUUCUGGCGUCGCUCAUCGUUCGCCUGGCUCUCGCCGAGACGUUUUGCGUCCACUGCGGGGUACUCGCUCUCGACGAGCCAACCACGAACCUGGACAGAUACAACUGCGAGAGCUUGGCCAAGGCUCUUGCUGCCUUAGUUGAGGCGCGACGGACGAGCACGAGCUUCCAGUUGAUUCUCAUCACACACGACGAGCAAUUUGUUAUGCGCCUUGCGCGCCAUGGCCUCUGCGAUAAAUUCUACAAAAUUUCUAAAGCUUUGAGCGGCGAAUCGCGGAUUACUUGCUGUGACAUCCAUGGCUUUUGA